GCCGCGGUCUCCGACCGCCGCGCCCCGCCCCGUAGCCGCCACGGCUGCUGCUAUUGCUUCUCCGGCCGCGGCCGCUGCCGUCGCUCCCGGCACCCGCCGCCCUCACCGCCCUCACCCCUCCCGGUGCCGCUGCAAAACCAGCCCCGAGGCCGCAAAGCGAUGCUAGCUCCUCACGACAUUGCGUGCGCGCGCACUGGGAAGAACAGCGGCUCACUCUACGGCAGCAGCGUAAUUGCAAGAGUUAAAGAAAGCAAGUAAACGCAUGACCUGCCACAAGCGGUAUAAAAUCCAAAAAAAGGUUCGUGAGCACCAUCGAAAAUUGAGAAAGGAGGCUAAAAAACGAGGUCACAAAAAGCCUAGGAAAGACCCAGGAGUUCCAAACAGUGCUCCCUUUAAGGAGGCACUUCUCCGGGAAGCUGAGCUAAGGAAACAGCGGCUUGAAGAACUGAAACAGCAACAGAAACUUGACAGGCAAAAAGAGCAAGAAAAGAAAAGAAAACUUGAAAAUAAUUCUGAUGUUAAGCCAUCUAAUGUGGAACCUGUGAAAGAGGAAUCUGGACAUUGCAAAACUAAGAGUAAAGCUAAUUUGGGUAAACAGAAUUCAAAGAAGUUGUAUUGUCAAGAACUUAAAAAGGUGAUUGAAAUCUCAGAUGUUGUGCUAGAGGUGUUGGAUGCCAGAGAUCCUCUUGGUUGCAGGUGUCCUCAGGUGGAAGAGGCCAUUGUUCAGAGUGGACAGAAAAAGCUGGUACUUGUAUUAAAUAAAUCAGAUCUGGUACCAAAGGAAAAUUUGGAAAGCUGGUUAAAUUAUUUGAAGAAAGAAUUGCCAACAGUGGUGUUCAAAGCCUCAACAGAUCUGAGGGACAAGGGGAAGAUAACCAAGUAUGUGAAGGUAAAGAAGAAAGGUGCUCCAUUUCAAAGUAAAGUCUGCUUUGGGAAAGAGGUCCUUUGGAAACUUCUUGGAGGUUUUCAGGAAACUUACGGCAAAGCCAUUCAGGUUGGAGUAAUUGGCUUCCCAAAUGUGGGCAAAAGCAGCAUCAUCAAUAGUUUAAAACAAGAACGGAUAUGUAAUGUCGGCAUAUCCAUGGGACUUACAAGGAGCAUGCAGGUUGUUCCCUUGGACAAGCAUAUCACAAUCGUAGACAGCCCAUGCUUCAUUGCAUCACCACUUAACUCCUCCACUGCACUUGCUCUGCGAAGCCCAGCAAGUAUUGAAGUGAUAAAACCAAUGGAGGCUGCCAGUGCCAUCCUGUCCCAGGCUGACACUCGACAGGUAGUACUGAAAUAUACUGUCCCUGACUUUAAGAAUCCGCUGGAAUUUUUUACUAAGUUUGCUCAAAGAAGAGGUCUGCACCAGAGAGGCGGAAGCCCAAAUAUUGAAGGUGCUGCGAAACUACUGUGGUCUGAGUGGACAGGUGCCUCAUUAGGUUACUAUUGCCAUCCCCCUACAUCCUGGACUCCUUCUCCACAUUUUAAUGAGAGUAUUGUGGCAGACAUUAAAUGUGGUUUAAAUCUGGAAGAACUGGAAACAAACAAUGCACGUACCAUAAAAGCUAUCAGGGGCCCUCCUUUGGCCAAUAGUAUCCUUUUCCAAUCUUCGGGUAUGACAAAUGGAAUAAUAAAAGAAAAGGACAUAUGUGAAGAAUUGCCAAAACAUAAAGAGAAGAAGCAGGAGAAGAGAGAGAAUGAUGAAGACAUGGACAGUGACCAGGAAAUUGUUGAUCAAGAAUUAUUUAAAGCUGAAGAAAAGACCUCAGAUACAUCCCCUGCAGAAGAGACAUGGGAAGAACUGCCUGAGGAGUCUAUAGCAGGUGAACAGUCUCCAAGAUCUUUUAUCUUUGAUAAAGUGACUCAAGAGGAUGAAGCUUAUGACUUCAGUACAGAUUAUGUGUAAAAAUGUCCUUUUGUGAAAGGUUAUAACAUUGAAGUGGAGUGUCUAGUAAGCAACUUACCUGGUUCCCUGCUCCGCGGAUAACAACUUUAGUAGAGGCUGAAUCACAAUCUUCUGAAAACGCAGCUGCAUGUCCUGGCUUCAGUGGUGUAUUAAAAAGAGCAAGAAUAUCACCUGAAGUA